AUGCCUUCCCCAGCGGAACAACAACAGCAACAGCAAUUAAUACCGACCGGAACCUUUACGUUGCCUUAUAAAGACGAUUUGGAUGUAACUCAAGAAACUGACCAACAGAUGAACAUCGAUGAAGAAGUAAUCACCAAUUUUGAAAACCAACUAUUAUCGGUGAAACCUUAA